AGUCUAAACUCUGAUUGGAAAAUUGCGUCCCAACAUUGAUUCCAAUUUCCAUUUCAAUGAUCACUCCCCGGCAAAACGCGGGAGAGUAUUACCAAUCACUUGACUUUUCUCUUAUCUUCAAUGAUCAACAUUCGCUCGUUCGCACACCAAUACAGUUAUCGCACUAUCAUUCCCAACUUUCAAAGCUUCUUUUUCUCUGUUUUCUCUGCUUUUUCAUUCUGUGAAUCAUUUCUAGCUUUCCCUGAUUUUUAGGAAGAAGAUUCUUCCCCAGCCCAUCUUCAGAGCUUCGGUCAUUCUUUCUUUCUGCUUAUUCAUUCAUCAGCGCACUCAUUUCCGUUUGGGAUUCUUUUUCCCUCUUAGCUUUUUCAGCACGACCAUAUACAAAUGGUACCCAGAUUCGGAUUUCCGUUUCUCUUCUUACUGUUAUUCUCUCUCUGUCUCAAUGCAGAAUCCAAGUGUAAGAAAGGAUGUGGCUUGGCUCUUGCCUCCUACUACAUUUGGGUCGGUUUUACCAGUAGGGUCGGUUUUACCAAUAUCACGGCCCUUCCGCCGAUCAUGCAAUCCCCAGUUCUUCGAACAACACAAGAUAUCAUCAGCUAUAACACAGACCAAUUAUUAAGCGACGACUAUGUCAAUACCACCGCUCGAGUGAACAUUCCGUUCCCUUGCGAUUGCAUAGAUGGUGAAUAUCUGGGGUACGUAUUCAAGUACCCGAUUCAGAAAGGAGACACCUAUGCGUUGGUUGCGAAUCAGAGCUAUGCCAAUUUGACCACCGUUUUGAUGUUGGAGAGUGCGAAUAGCUAUUCACCGGACAAUAUUCCUGACCAUGGAACGCUCAAUGUGACGGUGAACUGUUCGUGUGGGGAUCGCCGCGUUUCGAAAGAGUACGGGUUGUUCAUCACGUACCCACUUAGAGCCGAGGAUUCUCUGGAAUCAAUUGCGAACCAGACGAAGCUUGAUGAGGAUUUGUUGCGCAGGUAUAAUCCUGGUGUCGAUUUCAGCAAAGGAAGUGGUGUGGUGUAUAUCCCGGGAAAAGGCCAAAAUGGUGUCUUUGUGCCGCUGCCCCCUAGCAGAAGAGGUCUAAGUGGUGGGGCUAUUGCUGGAUUAUCUGCUGGAGCAGUAGCUGGGUUUCUCUUAUUGGCUGUUUAUAUGUAUGUUGCAUAUUACCGUAAGAAGGAGGAGGGGGCAAAACUGCUUUCUGGAGAAUUAGUAGUCUUCUCUGCUCAAACAAGGAACGAUUCCAAUGGUCCUCCUGCUGCUGUUAAUACUGGCAUCAAAGGUAUUACUGUGGAGAAGUCAGUGGAGUUUUCAUAUGAAGAAUUAGCUCGAGGGACAAACAACUUCAGCAUGGCAAAUAAAAUUGGUCAAGGUGGUUUUGGGGCUGUCUACUAUGCGGAGCUGAGAGGCGAGAGAGCUGCAGUUAAAAAGAUGAAGUCACAAAAUGCAGAAGAGUUUCUUGCUGAAUUGAAAGUGUUAACACGUGUUCAUCACCUGAACCUGGUACGCUUGAUCGGAUAUUGUGUUCAGAAGAAUUGUCUUUUCCUGGUAUAUGAAUAUAUUGACAAUGGGAACUUAAAAGAGCACUUACGUGAUCCAGGGAGAGAACCAUUGCCGUGGUCACUACGAGUGCGAAUUGCUCUGGAUUCAGCCAGGGCUCUUGAAUACAUUCAUGAGCAUACAGUGCCUGUAUAUAUUCAUCGUGAUAUAAAGCCAGCUAAUAUAUUGAUAGAUCAAAACUUCCGUGCAAAGGUUGCAGAUUUUGGGUUAACCAAGCUCAUUGAAGUGGGAAGUUCAUCUCAUCUCUCUAAAGGGCUUGCAGGCACAUUCGGUUAUAUACCACUCCAGAAUGAUGGUACUGUUAAAACCGAUGUCUAUGCUUUCGGAGUUGUUCUCUGCGAACUUAUAUCUGCUCAAGCAGCUGUGCUCAGUGUCGGUGAAGUUGGUUCUGAAGCGAGAACCCUUGUCUCUUUGUUUGAAGAAGCUCUUGAGCAGCCUAAUCCUGAAGAACAUCUUCUAAAGCUUGUUGAUCCUAGGCUUGAAGACCAAUAUACAUUCGAUUCUGUUUACAAGAUGGUCCAACUAGCCAAGGCAUGCACAGAGAAAAAACCAGACCGACGUCCAAGAAUGAGAUCUGUUGUGGUGGCUCUAAUGGCACUCUCUUCUGCUUCUGUGAAAUGGGAUGUUGCCUCCUUGUAUGAAAAUCCGAUACCCAAAUUUGAUGCAGCGGAAACAGAGAGCAUAAGUGAAUAGUCUUUAAU